AUGGAUUCACAAAAAGCUCAAAAUAUAUUUGCAUCAACCAGUUCGACAGUUAUACUAAAAAGAUCAUCAUCGUCAAGCAAUGCAAAUCCGAAUUUGAAAGGUGAAAAUUGAAUUUUCAAUUAGGAAUUAUUGGCGAAAAAAUAAGUACAUUUGAUUUCAGAAUCUAUGAAUUAUAAAGUGUUAAAUGAGACACUUCUUCGCAAAAUUCAACAAUUGAAAAAGCAGCUGAAUGACGCUGAAAAAGGAAUGGAUAGAUUGAGAGCAGAAAAUAUGGAAUUGAGAGAAGUGUAAGUUUUUUGGGUUGGGAAAUGGUUUUGGAGGUAAUAUUUGAAACAAAAUUAAUACAAACAAUUUCGAUUCAUUGUGAGCAAAUGUAAAAAAAACUUUUCUUGCAAUUAAUAAAAUAUCUCGCCACGAAAAUGCUUCAAUGAAAAAAUAAGGAAAAACUAGUUUUUUUUGACAUUUGGUUCUCUGAAACGUUCUCUUGUGAUUCGAGUUCUGGAAAUUUCCUGAAAAAAUUCAAUACCGGAUUCAUGAAUUCGGCUGAUUAGAAUUACUCAAAUGUUUUUCAGAAACCAAAAAUUGAUAUCGGAAGGUGAAGAAGAAAGAAUAAAUGUAAUAGUGAAUCAAAGAGUUCAGAAAAAGUUGGCACACUUUGCGUCAAUUGGACAGAGAACAAUUCAAUUUUUGCAAAACGCUGGAAAUGAUAUGACAGAAGCGAUUAAAGAUAUACAGUAAGAGCGACGAAUUUCAAAUUCCAAACAUUUAUUUCUUUUCUCUUUUUCAGAGUUCAAGCGGAUGUCAAUGAUCCUCCUACUAAAAGAAUUCGCAAAAAAUUAUCUGCUGACCCUAAUCUUGAAAAAGUUGAAGAAUCGCCAAUUCGGAUAGCUUCUACUUCGGAAAACAACACCAUCACAAUUUCUGAUUCUGGAGAAGAGGAAACCACUCCGAAAAUGGAAAAUAUUUCAACAAUUGAUAGAAAAAACAAAGGAAGAAGGAGCGCUUUGUUAGAUUUUAAUUCGCGUAAGUUAGGCAUCUCUGAAAUUUUAUUAAAAUUAAUUUCGUUUCAGAAAUUGCUGCGGAGACGCCUAAAGUUGCACCGGUUGUCGGAUCAAAACGUCAGCCGCUUUUUAUCAAACCGGAAACUCCGAAGAAUAACAAAAAGGAUAGGAAGAAUUACCAGACCCCGGUUGUUGAAAAGAAAGACGAGCCUAGUUGUUCGACGGCUAGACCUAUGAGAAGUGCAAGACCAAAAAGUUUGAAGGAACCCUCGUUGGGCUCGAAAAUGAGGAAUCCGGGAAAGUUUGAUGAACCGUGUCCUUUCAUUUCCACGUCUUACUAA